AUGAGUUCUCCGUCUCCAAUGCCGCAAAAUCCUGAACUAAAGCAAAAGAGAUCCGUAGGUGGUUCCACCGGAAAAAAAUACGACGAAUAUGUGCGCGACACUGAAGCCGAAACGAGCUUAGACGAAGAACAAUUUCAAAAACCAAGAACCGGAAAAAAGCGAAAAUUUACACUGCCUCAAGCCAGAAGAAUUGUUGGCGAUUGCUCUACCACGGAUAAACCUCCUGAUAAAGUAGGAGACGUACCAGACAUCAAACAGAUAUUGAAAGAGGUGAACCGCCUCAAAGGUGAAGUCAAGAUAUUGAACGAUCAACUGAUAAGACUACUACACGAGAAAUCCAUGUACGAAGAGAAAUUGAAACAGUACAAGGAGGCAAACAUGUUCAGGGAUGUCUUUGGACAAGUAUUAGCAGGAAUACAUGUCGACCUUCAGGACACAAAAAGAAAUGUUCUUCGAAAAUUUGAAACGGAUAUCCUUCAAGGUAUCAAGGAGGUUGCUCGUCCGAAUCCAGACUAUGCUAUAGGGAGCCAUCAACAGCCAUUAUAG